AUGCGGUCUUCAUCCACACUUCUCCUGGUAGCUCUGCUGCUUGUCUCUAGGCUUUUUGUCCAGCCCUUCUAUUCGCUUAUUUCGGACUGUGAUGAAACUUUCAAUUACUGGGAACCUCUGAACUUUUUGCUGCGCGGCUUUGGCAAGCAGACCUGGGAGUACUCUCCAGACUACUCCAUUCGUUCCUGGGCGUUUCUUCUCCCACUGUAUGCAUCGCUGUCGCCAAUACGUAAGUUUGUCGGCGCCCUGGGACUCACUCCCUCCACUUUAUUCUACCUUGCCCGAUCUUUGUUGGGCCUUUACAGCUUCGUGAUGGAGUGGCUUCUGUUCUGUGAGCUCGAAACAACGCUUUCGUCUCACACGGCCACUUUAUGGCUAUUUUUCCAAGUUUUCAACCCUGGAUGGUUUCACGCGUCCGUGGAGCUACUACCAUCUUCAUUCGCCAUGGUCACGAUGCUGGGAUUCUUGAAGUACGCACUGCGUUAUUUAUCUAAUAGAUCUGAAAAGGCGUUUGUGCAGGCAUUGAUCUUCAACUUCGUGAGCGGCAUAUUAGGCUGGCCGUUUGUUCUCAUCUUGAGUACUCCUUUGGUAAUUCACUACAUUUUUACACACACAAUUUGGGGGGUUCUCAGUGCCGGUGUCGCUUCUUUUGCGCGGCUCGUGGCGGUCGCCGUGUGUGUCUUCGCUAUAGACUCGGCCUUCUACGGAAAGUUCACGCCUGUGGCCUGGAACAUCGUGAUGUACAACGUCAUUGCUGCCGAUGAAAAAAGCGGACCAAACAUUUUUGGCGUGGAACCUUGGUAUUAUUAUCCUUUGAAUCUACUAUUAAACUUCCCGCUUCCUACUCUAGGGACCUGUGCUAUAGGAAUCAUUACCAACAUAAGGCUAGUGUCGAUAUGGGGGUCGCUUCUGAUCUGGAUGGCCGUUUUUUUGCUUCAGCCUCAUAAGGAGGAAAGGUUUCUGUAUCCAAUCUAUGCUACCGUAUCGUUGGCUGCUAGUGUCGGUGCUGUGAACGUCUGGAAACGUCUAUCGACAUCCAAACAUCUGCGCAACCUAAGUUUUUUGAUCCUACAUGUGUCAAUCGUUUUGCAAAGCUCCAUGCGAGUCUUAGCACUUGUUUCGAAUUACACAGCACCAUUAGAUGUCUAUUCUCACUUACCCAACAACGGUGGGCCUCAAACCGUAUGUGUAGGUCGUGAAUGGUAUCAUUUUCCAGCGUCCAUCUUUCUAGCUGAAGACUCAAGGCUAGGGUUUGUAAAGUCCGGAUUUGACGGUUUGUUGCCCGGGGAUUUCAAGGAGACUCAUAGCAUUUUCAACAGCAUUAGAGAGAUACCUUAUGGGAUGAACAAUCAGAAUGUUUUCGAUUCUUCUAAACUAGUUUCCGCGGACAGUUGCGAUUACUACAUUGACAUUAUGCUACCGAGUGACGGCUCACGAGAUGUCCUGGAUCCGACUAAACUAGGCAGCGACUGGAAAUGUAUCUAUAAGGCUCCAUUUAUCGACAGUUCGCGGUCCAAGUUUUUCGGACGUGCUUUUGCGUUGCCCGAGAAGCUUUUAGCCAUAUUGCCUGGACAGAAAUAUUGGACACGAUUUUAUCAAGCGUAUCACCUUGACUAUUGCAUAUUUGAAAGACAAAAUGAAUAUGUAUAA